GGAAAUUGUGAGUGUGUGGAUGAUGUCUGCUGUACCAUCUUUAGUGUCUAGUACAAGACAUUCAUUCUGCUUCCUUGGAAAGAUGUGGAAAAACAAAAGAGAAGAAAGUGACCCAUCGGUAUUAACCUAGAAGAGAAAAGAAAAUAAAAGGAUCUAUCAGUAAUUAAAUUGAAACAUGGGGCUAAUUGGGAGUUCGGGGAACACCAUAUUGGCACCAAACGUCGUAGUCUCAGAGUCUCCCAAACAGUAAUGGAGCCAAAAUUUGUUCGUUUCUUCUUCAGUUCUUGGCACUCAUAUCAACAACCGCCAUAGUAUUUUGUUGCUAAUACUCUUCCCACUCUCUCUGCUUGCGUGUGUGUUUGCUUAAUGGACAAGCAAAGAAGAGAAAGUCCCUUCAAGAAGCAGUCUUCUUCUCAUAUGGUAUCUGCAACUCUGUCAAGAUAUACAGGAGCCAAAAAUAUUCCUUCUUAGAACAUUCGAAAGGGAUUCUGUAUGUAUAAAAGGAAGAUUUCUUGGUUUUUUACUUCUGGAUUGAAUGGCAUAAGGACCCACCAAAGCAAUUUAAGAUAAACAGGAGGGAGCGAUGGAGAAUUUGGACACUGAAGUCAAUGAUUCCGCUCAUGAGUUAAAUGUGAUGAGAGAAGAUUGGACAGUUUAUAAGAGGAACAUCAGUGAUGGUGAUACAGGGGAAGGAGUGGGCAGUGGUUUCAAAUCUAAUAAUUUACCUCCAGCUUCUCUGCUUGGCAAUCUUCUAAAUGAUUUAAGCCUAUGUGAGAAAGAAAGGGAAGGAGAUUUUGGAGUUUCAAGUCCAAUACGAUCAGGUGAAAUAAUGGAGGUUGGAUGUUCAAGAUGUAUGGCUCAUGGAGAUUUCACUAACAGUAAAUCACAGUUGCAUCUUCGUAAGGUCAAGGAACUUCAUAGGAGAUUGCAAAAUCUUGAAGAAGAUACAAAAGCUAUGAAGAAUGAAUUUGUUGCCUGUGUAGAUGAAUGCAACCAGCUGUUGAAUGAGGUAUCCCAGAAGUUCUAUUCUGUAAACCAACGCAUAAGAAGUCGAAUGAUAGGAGAGGAUUGUGUUGAGGGAGCACUGAUCCUUGGCACCGAUAAGGGCAAAACCACGAGGACUGGUCUAUUACAAGUUCUAUAUCAGGAGCCAAAUCCAUCUCUUGUUACUAGAGCUCAUAAAACAGAUCCUUCAGUUUGCAGGACCCUCCUGAACGCAUGCAGAAAAUUUUAAAUCAGUGAUUUUAGCGUUGAAGAUAACCUAUCGAGGACUGGACAGCUUGCAUAAUUUAUUCCGGAGUUCAAUUGAACUACAAGAACAUUUCUUCCAAGUUUCUCUACCAGCAAGCCAUAUAUUUUCUAUAGAUUUUGUCUACAAUAGCAAAUUUGAAAUGAUGUUUUGUAUAUAUUUUCUUUUGUUUCAUUCAAGUAUGCUAUUCA